UUUGUACAAAGUUCCUGUCUUUAGUAUCCAGCUAACCGAGACAGAGGGGAGGGAUUGGCGGGGGAGAAGGCCUUUUCAACUUUGAUUAAGCUCCAGCGGAUCUUACGGCAAAGAUUACUAACGUAAAAUAAGUGAUAGUUGGGGGGGCAUAUUCGACAAAUUCAUCCGUUUGGAUGCUAUGCUUGACGAAACGAGAAACGAUAGCAGAGAAACUUUGAUCAACGCUAUCCGACUGCUCCGAGGCUGCAGCUUGGCAGAGGGAGGCUUGACGCAUGAGCGAUGUGUUCCAGUGGGCGCCUGUGUGGCCCGAGUGGGAGAGUGUCACGGAGCUCAAGCAAUGGGGGCAGUUCCAGUGGAUCUCAGUAUGCCCUGUGUGCACUGGGUGUGGGCCUCAUUGCCCUGGGCAUUGUGAUGAUUGUGUGGAGUGUCGUGCCUUCCAGUGCUGCUAGUAGUAAUAGCAGCAGUGGGAAGCCUGUAGAUGAUUCGAUGGACACUAAAGGCAAGACCUCUUCAGUGGCAUUUGUGCUGGUGGGCGCGGGUGUAGCCAUGCUGCUGCUCUCCAUCUGCCUGAGCGUGAGGAAUAAACACCGUCAACAACGCCAUGAAACCCAGGACGUCGACAGACACUUUGGUGACAACCUGGCCGAGCAGCACAGGGAGAUGCCAGAGGUCCCUGUUUCAAGGUAUGAUGUGCCGAGCUAUGAAGAGGUCAUUGGCAGCCAAGAAUACCCAGUUCGACAAAGCAACCUGCGCAACAGCACCUCCCUGCCAUCCUAUGAGUCACUGGCUGAUGCCCUGGACAAUGAGACCAACCCACUGCCAGUCAACACCAGGGAAGAGCCUUCCCAAACUCUGUCAAUCCCAGAUGCAACCCUGCCACCCCCUGAGCCACAGCCCCCACAUGUGACCACAACAACAAUUCAACCUUCUAGCCGGAACUCCCAUUCUAGCUGGAAAAUGAAACCUCUCAAAGUGAGGCGAAUUAAAUCUGAGAAGUUACACCUCAAGGACAUCCGGCUCAACAUACGCAGCCCUGCCCAGGGAGGCCUGGUCACCAUUGAACCCCUCACACCCCCUCCCCAGUAUGAGGACAAAGUGCCUGAUAUGUGAGGAUGUCUGUUGUCCCUUGGGGAAAGGCUGCUGUUGGGGUGUGUGCUUUUCCAUGGCAUGCCUUGUUUACCAGGAGUUUGUGGCAGGGUACCCCAGUGGAUAUAGUAUACAGGGCACCCGUUUCGUUUCUCUUAUGAGCUGGUGGGGGGAGGAGGCACAGCAAUGCUGCAUUCUGCUGUUGUCACUGUUGGAUUUUUGAGACAGGCAAAUGGGAUUACAUCCAGUUGGCACACUGCUGGCACCUUGUUUGAUUUCAAGAAAAUCAAUAUCUAAAGCAUCUAUUUUCUGCAAUGUUGACUUUGUGUUUCAUGGUUGAAAAUGGCAUACUGAUAUAUUUGAGUAGGGGUGCAAUCCCAUAAGACAUGAUAAAACCUGGGUUAAUGCAAAUUAAAUCUGUACAAGGUGAUGAUGUCACUAUUAUUUGUAAGAUGAUUAAUUAUCUCUUAAUAGAACUACAAGUUUGUAGUAGCAAAUUCCCAAAUAAAGCUACAUUAAUUCUAAAGGACUAAAAUUACAGCUGGCAUUCAUCAACCUGGGCUUCAAAGAACAGCUACUGAAGCAACUAUUCAGAUGGCUCAUCACACUCCUUUCCUCUCCAAAUAUUGAUAUACAAGUUAAUCCUCAGGUGAAUGGUGGUACAGCAUAGUAUCAUAGUAAACUAGAUUACUUAAAUCUGCAAAAUGAUUUUUUUAUAUGAACGGUUUUUCAAAUACACUUGAGCUUCAUUAAGUUGAAUUAGUCUGAAGAUGUGCUAUCAUGUUUUCGAUGUCUUCAUUACUCUUCUGUGCCACAAAAUAAAAAAUAUUUCUUAUUG